GCCGAGCAGAACGGCCAUCUUCCUAAAACACAAACAACAAGAGUAGCGAGCAGACGAGCUAGCAGCAGCGCAGCGUCGGAGAGAGAGAGAGCAGGACACAUUUUAUGUACAUAUUACACGCGGUUUGAUGCGGAUUAUAACGCGAUUAUUGAGGACAAGCACGUCGGCAGCCAGAGACCACACGGUCACAUGCGCAGGAGCCCAGACGACUGGAAAUAAUACGCAUCUCUAGCUCCAGAAAUUAAGGGGUUGAAGGAGAACCAUCCGAGAGUGAGAGGGGUUGCCUGUUGGGGCCUGGUCAUACAGCGUUACAGCCAGAGCCAGAGAAAAGGGAGGAGCAGGAGAGCAGAGGAGGAAGGGAGGACGGAGGAAGAGAUUCGCGGUCACCUGCUUCGGACGGCUGCAUUGCCAGCUGAUCUGACUUUGUUUUUCAUUUCUAGCAUUCGAUUAUCGCAACUGCACUUAGGUUUUAACGUCAGUAUCAAAGUUUUGCUGUUAUCAGGCAGUGAUUGGUAUUAGUCUUGAAUUUUAUUUUUUCCAUUUUCCAACUCAAAGGUUUAUUUUCUUUUUUUUGUAUGUUUUUAUUUGUUUGAGGUAUUUUGUUCUUGUUUUUUGGGCUGUGAACAGGAGUUUUCACAUCACGUUUGAUCUUUGACCCUUUUUUCCUCCUGUACACACCCAGUAUAAGGCAGCUAUUUCCCUACUGUUUCUCAAGUUUGGAAAUCUUAACACAAACAUACCUUCACACACAACACGCGCACACCACUCAGCCUUCUCACCUAAGCCUGGUCCAGCCUAGUCUCGCCUGCUCCGCUCCUCUGGACAGGAUUCAGCUCAGAGACGAAGGGAGGAAUAUGACAGCUGAGACACUUAACUUCGGCCCAGAAUGGCUCCGAGCACUUUCCAGUGGAGGCAGUGUGACUUCCCCUCCUCCCUCUCCUGCUAUGCCAAAGUACAAGCUGGCCGAGUAUCGCUAUGGCCGAGAGGAGAUGUUAGCACUUUAUAUCAAAGACAACAAGGUCCCAGAGGACAUGCAGGAUAAGGAGUUUGCUGCUAUUCUGCAGGAUGAGCCUCAGCAGCCUCUGGCACUGGUGCCUCUCACCGAGGAAGAGCAGCGGAACUUCUCCAUGUCCGUUAACAGUGUGGCUGUGCUGAGGCUUAUGGGUAAAGGGGGUGGCACUGUCCCCGCCGGCAUGGCCCGUGGCAGAGGCAGUGUGAGAGGUGGCCGAGGCAGAGGCCGAGGAGAGGGAGGGUUCUACCAAAGAAGUACUGAAGAGGUUGGUGAGGUGGGCUUCAACAGAACUGUUAGAGAGAUCCACCGCAGCCAGAGCUGGGAUGACAGGGGCGAGAGGCGUUUUGAGAAGCCCCUGCGGAGGGAGGCCCUGCGGGUUGGCUUUGAAGAAGUGGGCUCCGGGGGGAGGAAGGAGUACAUGCGUUCAGACAGCGACAACUGGCGCACACUGCGAGAGGAACACGAGCAGGAGGAGGUGGGAGACCUGGGUGGGAGCUGGAGACUCGCUGGCUCACGUCGAGAUGAUGGUGGUCCUCGCUCAGCAGGUUGGCGUGAGCAUAGUGAUGGUCGGCGCAGGAAGUUUGACUUUGACUUCCGGGAUGGAGGAAGUGAGGGGGGAAGGAGGAGGGCAGGAAGUGAGGGAGCUGAGGAAGAGAGGGAUGGAUUGCCAGAGUGGUGCACAGAUGAGGAGGAUGGAGAGAUGGGGACCUUCGACUCCUCUGGGGCGUUCAUGUCAAUCAAGAAAGGCUCCAAAGAUCUUAUCCCAGAAGAGGAGUUUGACUUUCAGGGAUUGGAAGAUGAGGAUGAGUGUAUUAUGGAUGGAGAAAGGAAAAACAGCAAUGGUGGAGAGAAACCUGAGAGAGGUGAGAAUGACUGUCUGGCUGUUACUGAGGUAGAGGUGAAGUCUCUCCCUCCUUCUUCUCCUCCCUCCUUGACUCUACCCACUCCUCAGUCUGAUCCUGUGCCAGCUGCUGCCCCUUCUGUUCUGGAGGAUCCUCAGCCUGCCCCCAUUAGUAAGAUGCCAAGUGAAGUGUUACCAGAGCCCUUGUCUGAGCUGAGCCCCAGUGCCUCCUCCAGUCUGCCUUCAUCCCCUCCCUCCUCUUCCUCUGCUGCUACUGACCUCCCGCCAUCGGGAGGUGACCCUGAGGAUGACGAGGGCCUGAAGCACCUGCAACAGGAGGCAGAGAAGAUGGUGGCAGCUCUGCAGGACACGUCUCUGGAGGAGGAGUGUUUCACUCAGCUGCAAGAGAGCAGAAACACUGCGGCUGCCCUGCCUCUCUCCCACGACUCCGCCAUGAAGUGGUUCUACAAAGACCCACAGGGCGAAAUCCAAGGCCCCUUCAGCACGGUGGAGAUGUGUGAAUGGUUUCAGGCAGGCUACUUCAGCAUGUCUCUGUUAGUAAAGCGCGGCUGUGAUGAAGGGUUCCAACCUCUGGGGGAUGUCAUUAAGAUGUGGGGGCGUGUGCCUUUCGCCCCCGGACCCUCCCCACCACCACUGUGUAAUAUGGAUCAGGAGAGGCUGAAGAAGCAGCAGGAGUUGGCUGCUGCUGCAGCUCUCUACCAACUCCAGCAACAGCAGCUAUUCCAGCUCAUUAACAGGUGUGGAGAGCAGGGUAUGAUGCCUUCGAUGAACAGAUCAAUGUCAGUGCCAGAUACAGGGUCCAUGUGGGACAUGCAUACCUCAGCCUCACAGCCGACAGGUGGUGAGGCCAGUAUAUGGGACUUAACUCAGGGUCCAACUCUCGAACAGCUUCAGAAGCUCCAGGAGAGACGAGAGGCUGAACUCAGGGCUAAGAGGGAAGAAGAAGAGAGAAAAAGAAGGGAUGAAAAGCGACGACAGCAGGAGGAACUAAAGAGGAGAGAAGAAGAGGAACUCUUCAGACGCAAACAGGAGCUGCUAAUGAAGCUGCUCCAGCAGGCUCCGCGUCAGGGGAGCACUGGCUCAGGGUCAGGAUGGAGCGGAGGCUCCAUGUCUGGGCUGGGGAAACAGGGAAAGCCCCUGAACAACCUGCUGGAUCUCCAGCAGGAGGCUGAAAGACUUUAUAAACAGCAGCACAGAGCCCCGCAACAGCAACGGUGGGGAGCUGAAGGUGUGGGGGCACUGUGGGGUUCUGGAGGCAUGGAGGGCAAAGCAGCGGGAGGCAGCAGUCCCUCUGGAGGGAGCAUGGGCGUUUGGGACGAGGCCCUAAAAAACCAGAGCGCCCUCCGGAACAGCAUGGGUCUGAAGAACAGCCGCAGCAGCCCCUCUCUCAGUGAUCAGUACAUGAUGCUAAAUCGACGUAAGCGUACUGAAGAAGAAGACCGCUUGCUGAAGCUCUUCCAGGGGAUGAAGGCUCAGGAUGGCUUCACUACGUGGUGUGAGCAGAUGCUGCAUGCUCUUAACACCUCAACCAACAACUCCUCUUCCCAGGACGUGGCCACCAUCGUGACGUAUCUGAAGGAGGUGGAGUCGCCCUAUGAAGUGCUGGACUUUAUCCGCCACUAUCUGGGCGACACAGUGGAAGCCAAAGAGUUUGCCAAGCAGUUCCUGGAGCGCCGUGCCAAACAGAAAGCCAACCACCAGAGGCAGCAGCAGCAGCUUUCUAAGGAGGUGGCUGGACUGACCAUGAACAGCUUCCCUCUGCAGGAUUCUAUGAGGGGAAUGAACCCCACAGCUCUGCAGUCUAUGUUCCAGUCAGUGCAUUCUGGGAAGGGGGGGAUGGGCUAUGACCAGGCAGCGAAACUGAAGAAGAAACAGCCCAUGAUGCUGCACUCUGACCCAAGCAUCUUAGGUUACUCAUUCCAUGGUGCAGGGGAUCGGAUGAGCCUGAGCGAGAUGGAGAUGGUGGAGGAUUACUGAGUCCACAGCAAUAGCUACCUGAGGCCUUUUAUCCGCGGGUCCAACUAAUCAGACUCCGCAAGUCCAAUGUGCACUGCUGGGGAUUGGGCGGGAUUGGGUGGGGG